CGAGGAAGUGAGUGAACAUCACAUGCUGGGAGAGAGGUGGCCUUGUCUGCAUUGCAAAAAGAGUUUCAGUAAGAGAGAGUACAUGCAGGCGCAUGAGAAAAUACAUUUAGGACAGAGACCGUAUGCGUGCAGCGAAUGCGGAAAACCUUUCUUUCACUUGCAGACCCUGAGCAAACACUUGAGAAAUCACACAGGAGCAAAACCACACUCUUGUAGUGAGUGUGGAAAGACUUUCACUUGUCUGAAAAAUCUGAAAAAACAUCAGCAAGUUCACACAGGAGCGAAACCACAUUCUUGUAUGGACUGCGGAAAGACGUUUAAGCGUUUGCAUAGUCUGAAAGAGCACCGGCGAAUCCACACUGGAGAAAAAUCGUUCUUUUGCACGGAAUGUGGAAGAGGCUUCUCUCGAUUAGGGAACCUGAAAGAACACCAGCGUAUUCAUACCGGGGAGCGACCUUGCUGCUGCACACAGUGUGAUAAGAGAUUUAAUACAGAAGGAGACCUUAAAAAACACCUCAGAAUUCACACUGGAGAGAAACCAUAUUUUUGUACUCAGUGUGGGAAAAGUUUUGGACAAUUAAGUGGCCUAAAGGAGCAUCAGAAAAUUCACACAGGAGAGAAACCGUUCUCCUGUCCUGAAUGUGGAAAAUGCUUCAGUCAAAGGGGAAACCUGAAGGAGCAUCUGAGAAUCCACACGGGAGAGAAACCCUUCUGCUGCCCUGAAUGUGGAAAGUGCUUCGGUCAAAGGGGAAACCUGAAGGAGCAUCUGCGAAUCCACACAGGGGAGAAACCAUACUCUUGCACAGAGUGUGGACGCUGCUUCAGGCAGUUUGGAAGCUUGAAGGAGCACCAGCGGAUCCACACCGGGGGAGCGUCCUACUCCUGCAGCGAGUGCGGGAAGAGCUUCAGCCGGCUGGGAAAUCUGAAGAAACAUGCAAAGCGCCUUCAUUUGGCCAAGAAGAAUCACACCUGUUUCGAAUGUGACAUGGACUUCAGCGAACCAGAGCACUUGGAAGAGCACCAGCGACUGCACACGACUGACAGACAUCAGUGACACUUUAUGUCUUUAGAGACGAGCAUGUAAUAUUAUACUGAAGGAGGAGUCAACCAAAUGAAUGCACGGAGUUAUAUGUCACCUAUCUGAAGCCUUUGUGGAGAAACUCAAUCUGCUGAAGAUUUAAGCCCUGAAACAAAUCUGGGUAUCUGAGAAGUUGGCCCCUUUUGUCAUGGGAGAUCUCCAACAGCUGCUGUUUACACUUGGGUACAAGUGUUUUAUUCCAUAAAUUUUUCAUGACAAAAAACAUGGCUAGUCUGUUUUCUCAUUUUUUCAGUUUGCUUGAAACUGUUCUGUAAAUCCCCCCAUUCCAGUAUAAGCCACUUUAGAACAUUUCUGGGUCUUCAUGGUUUAUUAUGGUUUAUUAAGGACAAGACAUCAAUAUAUAUGUCAAUAUGCAUGGAACUGGUUUCCUCUGAGGCACCAACCAAGCGUCCUUCAGAAACCGAGAGAUCUGGAGACGUUGAGGGUUACCAUGGUGAUAGCAUCAUGGCUAUGAUACUAAAGCUGCCCUGGAGUUGACCUGUGAAUUCCAAAAGACAGACACCUGCUGGAGCACCAGGACAAAUAUUUUUAGAAAAUCAUAUUAAAUCAGGUUCCUUUUGGAGAAA